AUGACGAGAUCUACACGUGCCGUGCAGGGGCAUGGCAACACACACAUCCCUGCUACUGAGACACCUGCGGGUGCUGCACAGGCGUCUGGAGCAGCAGCCGAACGCAAAGCUCAGUCGGCGCUCUCCGCACCGACGGGCACUGCCUGGGGUGUCGCAGCGGAUCCCCCCGUCCCGCUGCAUCCUAGCAAACCCUCACCAGCCGCUGCUGCAGCGUCACCUGCAUGCGCUUCCUGGGCAGAAGCGGCAUCCGAGGCGAAGCGGUCGGCUGCCUCUCAAGAAACAAACUCCUGCACGUCUUGCUCCUCCUCCUUCCCAUGGGACGGAGCCCCCGAAGUAGGAUCCUUCCGGAAUUCGCAAGGUCUGUACAUCAAAGUCUACAGAUGGAGGCACGAGCAUCGACAGCAUCGACAGCAGCAGCAGCAGCACGGAGACACCGCCGCCGGUCAUGCGAGCGCGCAGGAGGCCCCACGGUGGGGCCUGUGGGGGGCCCCUCUGCGAGAUCGACCUGUUAGGGGAGUUGUGGUGCUUGUUCAUGGGCUGGGAGAGCACUGCCGCAGCCAUUUCUUCCAUAAGCCCCCUGUUGUAAUGUCGGAAGCAGCAGCAGAGGCAGCAACAGAGGCAGCAACAGAAGCAGCAGCAGGCGAACGCGGGGAUGGCUGGGGAGCCUUCCGACCGACGUAUAUCGGCAGCUGGGUAGAAGGCUUCAACAGGUUAGGAUUUGAUGUUGUUGGGCUCGACAUGCAAGGGCAUGGCGCUUCAGACGGCUGGGGGAAGGGUCGGUGUAUUGUGCGUUCUCUAGACGAUCUCGCGGAGGAUCUGCUGCUUCUCUUGCGCCUCCUGAGGGCGGAGUACCCCCAGCGGCACCCCUGUGAGGAAGGGCAGCUGCUGCAUGCCCAAGUGCACCCCCUGCAACGCGGGGGUGCCGCAUGCAGAGCGCAGCCGCAUUCCCUCCCCUCCAGCGGCGGUGGAGAAGGCUCGAGACUGCAGCGGAGGCGGCGCUCGCCGAGCGCUGUCGGGAGGUCUGCUGACGCACCAGCGGAUCGCGAGGCAGAGGCGCCUCCAGAAAAAGCAGCAGGAGCUGCUUCUGCUGCUGCUGCUGCAGCAGCAGCUGCUGCUGGAGUCCCCAUGUUUCUCGUGGGACUGUCUCUGGGGGGUUGGGUGGCUCUUCGGGCUGUACAACUGGCAGCAAAUGAAAGGCGCAGCAGCAGCGCAGCAGCAGCAGCAGAAGCAGCAGCAGACGAUUUCGCUUAUGGCCAUGUCUUCCAGGAGAAUCUGCGCUUUGUAGAAUGCUUCUCGACUCCCGAGGCAGCAAGAGCUGCGGCAGCUGCCGACGCUGAUGCUGCAGCACAGGCGGCAACUGCUGCUGCAGUUGGAACGCCUCUGUGUCUCCAAGGGCUCGUGCUCCUUUCCCCGAUGUUGCAGCUCUCGCGCAGACGUCACCUCCAACGUUCCAGGCUGAUUCGCUACGCUGCCGCUGCACUUGCUGCAGUCAAGCCGCAUACGCCUCUUCUUCCUCCUGGAACUCGUCGACGCCACCCGUAUCUGCUCCACUAUUACCAGUCCGAUCCGUUGACGUACAAAGGGGGUCUACCCGCAGGCAUAGCAGUGCCACUGAUGUGGGAGAUGGAAGCCGCAACGCAGCACUCCGAGCUGCUACAGCUGCAACACCAAGAUGCUGGUGCAGCCUUGCUGGUGCAUGCGGUGCAAGACCCCCUCUGUGACAUCACUGGCAGUGUAAACUGCUUCUCAAACCUUCUAGGCCUCCCUGACAGACAACUGCUCGCUAUAGAGGGACCCCUGCCGGGCGCUGCUGCACCCGCCGCUUCUACUCCUGCGAACUGCCAAUUUGAUAGCAGCGACAUGCAGCGAGAUCUCGAGGCGCAACACGAGGAAGGCAGCAACGGCAGCGGCAGCGUACACGAGCACGUGCAUCCCAAGCUGCAUGCGCUGUAUCCAGAAUUUGACUUCCAUCUCCCAGCAGCACCUGCCUCCGCUGCAGCGGCACAGCAGCAGCCGGCCUGUUUGAAGGCGUACGAAGAACGCAUGAAAGGCGCGGCAGACUGUCGCGAAAGGAAGCCUAGAGUCAUUGUAGCCAGGGGUAUUGACGUAGUGCACGAUCUCCCAAACGAACCAGGGCAGCACCUUCUCUUCCCCCUCGUGGCAGCGUGGAUAACGAGCCGCUGCCCUGAGCCACAGGAUCAACGAAUCCAGCAGAGGACUGUUCAUCCACAGGAGCACCAUCAACAAGAAGAAAGUAAUUUGUGA